AUGCCUAAAGCGUCGAAGAAACGCAAGGAGAAAGCUGCGGACUUUAAGGCUAGAAAAGCCAAGCUGAAGCUAGGCAAAGGCAAAGCACAAUCUAAUAACGUGGUAGACACUUCCUUCAAAGCUCGCUCCAUCACACUCCCAUCUCAGAGCAUAGCGGCGCAAAAAGACGAGGCAGCUCCGAGGACUAGUAGGAAACUCACCUUCGAGGAUUUAACAAGUCAACUGAAGCAUUACAAUGCGAGCACAAGGAAGGACGCUUUACAUGGUCUCCGCGAGCUCUUAGAGGGAUAUCCGUACUUGAUUGAAUCGCGGUUAAGCAGUCUCUUGGCUACAUGCUCCCGGUUGAUUGGCGAUGAGGAUGCAAGCGUAAGAAAGGCCUUGCUUGGUUUCUUCGAUUGGCUCCUCCCAAAGGUUUCCCCCGAUGUCCUCGGACCGCAUGCAUCCCAUCUCCUCCUAUUUACUACCUCAGCGCAGACGCAUAUAUUCCCCGAAAUUCGCAUCGAUGCUGUCCGUUUUUUGGAUCUGUUUCUAGACAUCAUCCCAGAACAUAUUGUGGAGGGCUGGGAUCAAAGUCAAGGUGAUGCUACGCCAUCUCAUGGCGCCCGUGUUCUAGAAGGAUACUUGGGGAUUCUCAAUGCUGGCACUAGAUUUGGAGAGGAUGGAAACACCGGUCCUGUGGAAGCCACUUCAACUGCCAGUGUGACAUUAUCAACUGCAUCAAGGCAGGCCGUACUCAAAUCCGUGGCACACUUCCUGGAUGCUGCCAUAUCGCGAUCUUACGUCGCCGCCACUGCGACAGCUGCUACGUCGUUCUUCUCGGCUGUCUUUCAAACAGAAGACGCGUACGAGUCAUUUGAUUCGUUACUACGACCCAGUGCGGGCUUUUCAGGACAGCAAACCCCAAGCAAGACCUGGAACCAGACCCUGGAUGACGACGACUUGAGCGGCUGCAGCUACGUCUGUCAAGUUGGCGCGACCGAUCCCGUGGCAUGCUGGACCUUGCCAGAAAUCGGCGAUGCUGCCAAUUAUGUCCGUGUCAUAGACACGGGGAAGCUGAAGAAUGUUGCUACCACGUCCGAUCGCAUCGCGCGUCUUGCCCGAACUCUCCACCCCACAAUAAUCUCUAACGUGCUGGACUGCGCGCCGCUCGUAUUUUCCAUCAACAAAAACGGGCCGCCAGAGUCAGAGCUCAAUCUCAUUGUCCAUAUCGGACAGAUCAUUAGAACCUUGUACGGUGCACUGUUGCGGGAUCAAGAAAUAUCAACGGCAUCCAUGCAACAGGUCCCCGAGGAUUUACAGCAGAUUCUCGGAUACUUGGCUCCUUAUUUUCCGUUCAAACAGCAGGAUGCCUUGUCCAAACCGAGUAUCAAGGUUGAGCAAGCAUUCCAGGAGCUGAAUCUUGUAUUUUCUGAGAUGACAGCAAUGCUCAUUCGGCUCAGACAAUCGCCUGCGGAGCGAACACAACCUCGCAAAGCAAUUGAAGAGUCUCAGCGUAGGAGCAGCAAGCGAAGAGGCGGUCAAAACGGCCUCACCGGAUCAAGCUUGCUGGUUGCUCAAGUGUGCGAAUAUGUGACCCAGCUGCUCCGAGGGGAAUCGCUCAGCCCGAAUUCACUUGGUCGACCUUUGACGCCAGAGAUGUAUACGAAGCUGCUUCCAACUAUCUGGUCACUGCUGAACUCGACUGAUAACGGGGAAGACUUCUCUGGGUCACGGAGUCGUGCUAUUCUGCUCGCGACGUUGGAUCAUGCACUUAAACCGGGCGGUGCCACGAGAAGGCUCACUGUGGAAUUCGUUGGGCGCUUAUUACUGUUGCCAUCGGUUCCGGAGUAUAGGGGUGCCUUUCGCAUCGGUCGGUCUCCUGAAGAAGCGCAGAGAGUGGAAGAGUGGAUCACGUAUCUCCCUCGAGUCUUGUGGGAGUUGAAGGGAAAUAAUCUGCCUACUACUGAGGUACCAAUGCAAGUUCGCCUGCGUCUCAUCGUCUCGUCCAUCGCCUCCCGAUUAAUCCCCUACUUUAUCAUGAGCCAUCCGUGCAAGGGAGAGAUCCCAGGGCCAUUUCAGGAUCUUCCCCCCUAUCCUCGAUGUCCUGCAAGAAGGCUUGUCCUUGAUAUUGUGGCGACUAUCGUUUCGUCUGGAAUAUCUGGAGAUAAAAAGUUGGAAUUCGCAGUAGGCAAAGCUGUCGCAGGAUCCGAAGACGAAUCAUAUUGGAUACAUGUCAGGACGGCCACCACAUAA